AUGCGGAAAGAAUCAUACAGUCUUGCGGAUCUCAUUGAAGUUACCAAGCCUUCUCCGCAACGGGACGACUCCUUGAUAAACUGCCAGUAUUUCGCAAAGUGUGGAGGAUGUCAGUUUCAGAUGUUGCCUUAUGAAGACCAACUCAAGCAUAAGAAACGGAUUAUUGAGAAGGCUUAUAGCAAUUUCUCGGGAUUGAACCCGGAGCAGGUGCCCGCGAUAAAAGAGACAAUGGGCUCGCCAUUGCAAUAUGGAUACAGGACGAAAUUGACUCCUCACUUUUCGCUUCCUUUUAGCCGGAAAAAGGGUCCUCAGAAGUUGACUGAAGUCCCCAAUAUUGGAUUUAUGAUGAAGGGGCGACGGACAGUUAUGGACAUUGAAGAUUGCCCCUUGGGUACCGACAUUGUUAGGACAGGACUGAAGAACGAGAGAAAAAGGGUCGUGGAUAACUUGAACCAAUUCAAAGCCGGUGCGACCCUCUUAGUUCGAGAAAAUACAAAAAGGAUACCCAAGAAUAAAGAGGAAGAAGACACCUCCGGGAACGAUACCACCCGCGACGUCAUUCGCACAGAGUAUCCCGAUUACAUCGAAGAAAAGAGCUACAUUACGGACCAAAAGGGAAUAUCGUCGGAAUACAUCGACGACUAUCUUUUCCGUAAUGUAGCUGGAACCUUUUUCCAAAAUAACAACUCCAUCCUCUCCCCCUUCACCCAAUACUCCCAAACUAAAAUACCUCCUUGA